GUCGGAGGAAGCCGAAGCGGGAGGGGAGGGGGGAGUCGAGGCGCAGGCGGAAGUAAACGAUGCGCGGCCGGAAGGAGCCGAAGAGGAGGCGGAGGGAGCCGAAGGGAGGCGGAAGUAACCGAAGAGGAGGCGAAGGGAGGCGGAAGUAACCGAAGAGGAGGCGGAGGGAGCCGAAGCGGCGGCGGAGGGAGCCGAAGCCGUUCCGGAAGUUGCCGAAGCGCUUCCGGAAGGAGCCGAAGCGUCGCGCAGGGGCGGGCGCUGUUCGGAGCGGUUGAGCGGCGCCACACAAGAUGGCGGACGGGGAGGAGGUGACUCUGGACGGGCGGCCGCUCCAUCUGCUCCGCGUCGCCGACCUGAAGGCGGCCCUGGAGCAACGGGGCCUGGCCAAAAGCGGACAGAAGAGCGCCCUCAUCAAACGGCUCCGCGGGGCGCUGAUGCUGGAGAACCUCCAGAAGCACUCGACCCCCCACCCCACCUUCCAGCCCAACUCCCAGAUGGGGGAGGAGAUGAGCCAGAACAGCUUCAUCAAGCAGUACCUGGAGAAGCAGCAGGAGCUGCUGCAGCAGCGGCUGGAGCGGGAGGCGGCCGAGCUGGAGGGUGAGGAUGUUUUGGGGGCAGAAAGGGCCGCUUUGGGGCUUUUUGUCAAAAAAAAAAAAAAAAACCAAAACCCAAAACCUUUCAUUUUUCUUCACACCCCCCCCCCCAAAAAAAUAUUAAAAAAUGACAUUCAAGCUUCCGGGAAGAGCGGCCCCACCCCGGGAGACUCGGACGAGGAGGGGGGGCGGAGGCCGGAACGACGAGCCGGGCGCCUCCGGCAGGCUCGAGGCGCCAAGCCCCCCGAGACGGGGGCGGAGGGCCCCCCCCGCGGGCGGAGGGCCGGCGCGCGGCCCCCCCUGAAACCGGGCGAGGAGGAGGAGGAGGAGGAAGAGGAGGAGGAGGAAGAAGAAGAGGAGGAGGAGGAGGAAGAGGAGGAGGAGGAGGAAGAGGAAGAGGAAAAGGAAACCAAACCCCCCCCAGCCGGGGAGAGCCAAGAGCAGCCUGAGGGAGACCCCGCCCCGCCCAUGCAGGAGGAGGCCCCGCCCACCCAGGAGGCCCCGCCCAUGCAGGAGGAGGAGGCCCCGCCCACCCAGGAGGCCCCGCCCAUGCAGGAGGAGGAGGCCCCGCCCACCCAGGAGGCCCCACCUCCCGAGGAGGCGCCAUCCAAUGAGGAGGCGCCACCCAAGGCAGAAGCCCCGCCUGCCUCCCCCUCCCCGCCCCCGCUGAGGGAGGGGCCUUGCCAGGCCCCGCCCCCCCGGGAGGAGGAGGAGCCGGCCCCACCCCUCCUCACCAAGGAGCCGCCCCCUCCCGCGCCUGGGGGGCGUGGCCGGCGCCGGGCCAGCUCCUGCUCCUCUUCCUCCUCCUCCUCCUCCUCCUCCUCGCCCUCCCCCUCGCCUUCCGCCUCCUCCCCCGACAGCUCCCCCUCCCCCCCGGCAUCGCCCCCCCGCAGCGCCAAGGACACGCCCCAAGGGCCGGGGGGGGCGGCGGCGGCCUCCUGCCCCCCGAGUCAACCCCCCAGCGAGGAGCCGGCGGUGCCCGCGGAACCGGGGCCCCCCCCCGCAGCGGGGGGCUCCCCCCCCAGCGCCCCCCCGGACCCGGAGAGCCCCGCCCAGCCCAAGGCCUUCAAGAGGAAGAUCUCGGUGCUCUCAGCCUCCAAGGGGGCGGCGCCGGGCGCCCAGGAGCCGGGGGGCCGGAAACGGCGCUGGGGGGCCAGCACGGCCUGCGCCCCCAAACGGCCCUCCAUCAGCAUCACCACCGAGUCCCUCAAGAGCCUGAUCCCCGAGAUGAAGGCGGGGGGAGGGGCGGAGGCGGUGGUGGAGCUGCACCCCGAGGAGGGGCCCAUGUCGGAGGAGGAGAGCGGGGGAGGGGCGGAGAGGGGGCAGGGCGGCCCCCUCCCCCUCCUCCCCUCCCCCGCCCACCACCCCCCGCUGAAGAUCUGCCGCACCGUCACGCAGGUGGUGCCGGGGGAGGGGCAGGAGAACGGGCAGGAAGAGGAAGAGGAAGAGGAAGAGGAAGAAGGCAGGCCGGCGGGGGAGGGGAAGGGGGAGGAGGAGCGCCCGCAGCCCCUCCCCCUCCCCGCCCCUCCCCCCGCCCCCGCCGAAGCCGCCGCGCCGCCCCUCCCCCCGCCGGGCGAGGAGGGGAAGAGAGGCGAGGCUCCACGGCGGGGGAUGGGCGCCCCGUCCCGCCCCCUCGGCCUCUCCCUCCCCAUCGACGACCCCGUCCGGGCGGCGCCGCGCCCCUCCCCCCCCCGCGCCCGCCCCUCCCCCAUCGUCCAUCUCUGCAACCUGGUGCGGCCGUUCACGCUGGGGCAGCUGAAGGAGCUGCUGGGCAGGACGGGGCGGCUGCGGGAGGACGGGUUCUGGAUCGACAAGAUCAAGUCCCACUGCUACGUCACGUACGCGUCGGUGGAGGAGGCGGUGGCCACCCGCAACGCCCUGCACGGGGUCAAGUGGCCGCAGUCGAACCCCAAGGUGCUGGCGGCCGACUUCGCCGAGCAGGAGGAGCUGGAUUUCCACCGCGGGCUCCUGCCCGAGCGCCCGCAGCGGGGGGAGGAGGCUCCGGCGGGGCCGUGUCCUUCGGGGGCGGGGCGGGGCUCCGCCUGCCCUUCCUCCGGGGCGGGGUCCUCGGGCGGCCGCGCCCCCCGGGAGGCGGAGCGGGCGCAGUGGGCGGAGCGGGAGCGGGAGAUGGAGCGGCGGGAGCGGACGCGGGGGGAGCGCGAGUGGGACAGGGACAAGGGGCCCCCCCGCUCGCCCAGCCCCUCCCCCCCGGCCCCGCGGGGCCCCGCCCCCCGAGAGCCCCGGGCCCGGCACCGCCCCCCGGACAAGGAGAGGGGGCGGGGCUCCCGAGAGGCGCGCCCCGACAAAAAAGAGAAGCCGCCGGAGGAGCCGCCGGCCAAACUGCUGGACGACCUCUUCCGCAAGACCAAGGCGGCGCCCUGCAUCUAUUGGCUGCCCCUCACCGACACCCAGUUCGUGCAGAAGCAGGCGGAGCGAGCGGCGCGGGCGCGGGAGCGGGAGCGGCGCCGGAAGGAGCAGGAGGAGGAGGAGCAACGUCAGAGGGGAGGGGGCGGGGCCAGCAACGCCUCGGCCCCGCCCCCUUCGGGGCGGGACAAACGGGGAGGGGGCGGGGCCGGCUCCGGGCGAGAACGAGGCUUGGGCCCGCCCGGGGCCACGCCCACCGCCGCCAACGCCCCGCCCACCGCCCCGCCCACCCACCGCGACCACCACCGCGAACGGCACCGCAGCCGGGGGGGCGGGGAGAAACGCCGCAGUCGCAGCCGCAGCCGCAGCACCCCGCUGCGGGACCGGGGAGGGCGGCGCUGAGAGCGGCAAUAAAAACCACCCCGCGGGGGGCUUUGCA